CUCCCCGAGGCCUGGCCCCGCCCCCGCCUCUGCACGCGUGCGCCCCUCCCCAAUCUUCCUCCUCUCUUGUGGCUCGGGCUCCCGUCAGUCAGUGCGGCUGCUCGCCCUGUCAUUGGCCACGAUCGGGAAGAGAGGGCGGGGCCCCCGGAAGUUGGGAGGGGUGCUGAAUUUACGGACAGGACCUGGAGGAAGGGGGGCCUAGCACGAGGAGGAGCUGUGGGCCAUGUGGUCUGAACGUGUCAGAGGGACUGCCAGGAGACUGGGCCGGGCUCUGGGCCCCACCACUGUCACCAGAGGGAAUUGUCAGUGGCCCCCAGCCUCCCCCUCCCACCCCCACCAUGCCUCAAGUGCCAGGACCCAGAAGAGUGAGGGGCCAGCCGCGGCCUCUGGGCUGAGCAGAGAAGACAUCCAGAGAGCCCGAGAAGCGGCCCCUCCCAGAAUGGGGCUGAGACCCCAGCUAAGUGAGCGUGCCCGGGAGCGAAAGGUGCCUGCUUCUCGAAUCAGCCGCCUGGCCAACUUUGGGGGACUAGCAGUGGGCCUGGGCGUGGGCACCCUGAUUGAAGUGGCCAAGACCUCGCUGGCAGGAGGGCCGGCUGGCAGGGAAGAAGGCCCUGUCCUGGGUCCCAGCCCCUUCCUCUCGGAAGCCAAUGCUGAGCGAAUAGUAAGGACGCUGUGCACCGUUCGAGGAGCAGCUCUCAAGGUUGGCCAGAUGUUAAGCAUCCAGGACAACAGCUUCAUCAGCCCCCAGCUGCAGCGCAUCUUUGAGAGGGUCCGGCAGAGUGCCGACUUCAUGCCCCGCUGGCAGAUGAUGAGAGUCCUGGAGGAAGAACUGGGCCGGGACUGGCGGACCAAGAUGGGCUCCCUGGAGGAGAGGCCGUUCGCUGCCGCCUCCAUUGGCCAGGUGCACCAGGGCGUCCUACAGGACGGGACCGAGGUGGCUGUGAAGAUCCAGUACCCAGGUGUGGCCCAGAGCAUUCAGAGUGACAUGGACAAUCUGCUGGCCGUGUUGAAGAUGAGUGUGAGCUUGCCUGAAGGCCUCUUUGCUGAGCAGAGUCUCCAGGCUUUGCAGCGGGAGCUGGCAUGGGAGUGUGACUAUCGUCGGGAGGCUGCCUGUGCCCGCAGCUUCAGGCAGCUCCUGGAGGGGGACCCUUUCUUCCGGGUGCCUGCUGUGAUCGAGGAGCUGAGCACAGGCCGGGUGUUGGCCAUGGAGAUGGCCACCGGGGUGCCCCUGGACCAGUGCCAGGGCCUGAGCCAAGACGUCCGCAACCAGAUCUGCCGUGAGCUCCUGCGGCUCUGCCUUCGAGAACUCUUUGAGUUCCGAUUCAUGCAGACGGACCCCAACUGGGCCAACUUCCUGUACGACACCUCCAACCACAAGGUGACCCUGCUGGACUUCGGGGCGAGCCGGGAGUUUGGGUCAGAGUUCACAGACCACUACAUCGAGGUGGUAAAGGCUGCUGCAGAUGGUGACCGGGCCCGAGUUCUAAAGAAAUCCCAGGACCUGAAGUUCUUGACAGGCUUUGAAACUAAGGCUUUUGCAGAGGCCCAUGUGGAAGCAGUCAUGAUCCUGGGGGAGCCCUUUGCCAGUGCCGGCCCCUACGAUUUUGGGUCCGGGGACACAGCUCGCCGGGUCCAGAGCCUGGUACCCAUAAUGCUGCGCCACCGGUUGUGCCCCCCACCAGAGGAGACCUACGCCCUUCACCGAAAGCUUGCAGGGGCUUUCCUGGCCUGCUCCCGCCUUGGGGCCAACAUCCCCUGUGGGGACUUGUUCCAUGAGGUCUACCAGCACUACUGGGCUGCUCGCCCGUCGGGCUAACUGUGGCCCUCCCAGGAAUCUCCCCAGCCCUUACUCCUGGACCCAUGGAUCUGAUGCAGGAGCCCUCAGGGUCUGCAGUGACUUACCAUGAGACCACCCCAAGAGCUCCCAGAGAUCUACAGAGAGCCCCUUUCCAGGAUAGAGACUCAUCCCUCCUCCCUGCAAGGCCCAGGGCUUCCAGCUCCCGUCCUAGGCCGGGGACCAUGAGGGGCCUCCCCCACAUGGACCUCCUGGAACAUAGUGGCCACCCUUUCUCCUUCCCCUUCUGAGCCCCAACCCAGCCCCCGUCUCGGGGAGUGGAUGUCCAGAUGGCCUGUAUGCCUGGGUCCUCCCACCUCCACCAGCUGCCUUCAGGCCCAAUGGGCAGUGCAUUCAAUAAUAUCCUAAAUAAAGGGGAACCACCCU